AUGACCAUCAGUGUAUCAUGGCGGUGGCCAUUUUGGAUCUAUACGAUUGUGACAGGCCUCGCUCUCGUAGGGAUUAUCUUCUUCGGCGAGGAAACAUAUUACGACCGACAAAUUCCACUAUCAGAGCAGCCGACCCCUCGGUCUCGGUGGCUGCGGCUAGUGGGAGUUGAACAGUGGCAAUCACUCUCACAAAGGAACACAUUAUACCAAGCUAUUUCACGGUCUUUCGCGGUACUGAAGAAACCAGUUAUUUUACUAACGAAUCUCUACUACAUCUGCAUCUUUGCAUGGCUCGUUGCCAUCAACGCGACAAUUCCCAUCUUUCUUGUUCCCCUGUACAAUUUUGGGCCUAAGCAGAUAGGUACGUCCGAAGGCUCCGAUUUUUUCCCUCUGAUGCAAGCCCUGGGUCAGGAAGAAAAUACUGAUAUGGCUAAAUCGGGUUUUAUGUAUUUUUCUCCCGUCGUCGCAUCCAUCUUGGCAUAUGCCCUAGGCCACUGGCUUCAUGACGCUCUGGCCAAGUUCUCCAUGCGACGAAACGAAGGCCGAUUUGACCCCGAAUCACGGCUCAUAAUCGUGUGGCUCGCCAUGCCGUUUAUGCUCUCGGGUUUGGUGUUAGUUGGCUUCGCAUUCCAAUACCAUUACCACUACAUGCUACUCGCACUGGGCUGGGGGUUCCACACAUUUGGGGUGAUUAUCAACUCCGCUAGCGUGAAUAUGUAUGUGCUGAAUUGCUACCCGGAGGCCAGUGGUGAAGUUGGAAUGUGGAUCAACUUCUCCCGCACCGCUGGGGGGAUUUACUAUCAGUUAUUUCCAGGUUGA